AUGAGACCAAAGUUAGAACCAAAUUAUAGUAAUUUAGGAAAGGCAAAUGGUGACCUUGUUGUCCCAGAAGGUCAGACUGUACUACAAUUCAAAAUCAAAGGGGAAAUAAUCGAACACAGAGCAAUAGUUGCUGACAUUGAUGCACAAAUGAUACUAGGCUUUGAUUUCCUCAGUGAACAUAAUUGUCAGUUACACCUAGGGGAAGGAACUCUAACACUUGGUGACCAGAGGCUAGUAUGCGACACUGUCAGUGAUCAAAGUAGUGUGUUCAAAAUUUCUGUUCAAGAGACUUUAUCUAUUCCCCCAAGAAGUGAGAUGAUAAUUGAAGGAAAAGUUCACCAAAAUCUAAAUUAUAAAAAACUCCUCAUAGAUGGAACGAAACGUGACCUUCAACAGUCCGGAUUGUUAGUUGCAAGAUGUCUAGUAAAACCAAAAGAAUGUAAGGUACCCAUUCGUGUAAUAAAUGUUAGUGACCAUGAGCUGAAAAUUUACAAAGAUACUUCUGCAGCUACAUGUAUAGCUGAAAUAGAACCAAAUGUGAGUGAAGUACAAACCAAGAAUGACACCAACAUGGAGCCAGAUGUAGACGCAAGCUUUACAAAUUAUAUGAAACCAUUAUGGGACUCUUGUACCAAGAACCUUUCUAAGGAACAAGAAGAACUGGUAAGGGAUCUUUUGCAGAAGCACAUUAAAGUAUUCGCAAAAUCAAAGACAGACCUAGGGAAGACAAAUAUUGUGUCCCACAAAAUUAACACAGGAGACGCAAAACCAAUCAAGCAACAGCCUAGACGGAUACCUCUUCAUAAGAAAGAAGCAGCAAAAGAGGAACUGCAGAGAAUGCUUAAAGAAGGAAAUUAG